AUGGUGAACAAGAAGAAGCUGCGCAAGCAGCAGAAAAUGGGCAAGAUCCAAGGUACAGUGAAGAAAGCACCCACCUUUGUUGUCGGACCUGCUCCCAAGGACGGGAGCAGAGUCCACAGCGACGACGCGAUUGCAGAAGAUAUUCAAAAGAUCAAGCGACACGAACUCGAUGUGGAUGGGAUCGUGGUGAUCCACCCAACAUUUUCGAACCUUCCAUUUCUCCACUAUGCUGCCUACGGUGGUGAUGUGCGACUGUUGCAAGAAGUGGUGGCCCUGGGUGCCGCGAUUGAUUUGCCAGCGUCACCAAUGAUGAUGGAGGAUGACAAAGUGCCCUUACGCCAAGGUACAACAGCACUGCUUUUGGUGAUUGAGAUUCUCGCCUCCUAUGCCUUGAUGCCAUUGGAUUUUUGGCAGUUUUUGCGCUCGCAUUACAACAACGACGCCGAACGGCAUCUGGACAAUAUGGAAAACUGCGCGAUUCGAUUGGUGGAGCUGGGAGCUGACUGCUCGCGAAAGACUGUACUUCCUGACUCUUCUUCUACCAGUGAUUUUUCAUCUCAUGGUGGAAUGAUGCGGUCUGCAGGCUUGAAUGGAAAGUCCAUCAAGGAGCUCGCCGUGAUAUCGGGAAGAACUCGUCUCAUCCAGGCCGUACGUCAAUUCGAGACCAAGCAAGACACGAUUGCCAAGGCCCAUUGUCGAUGCGGUAGUCGUUUGCCUUGGAUGCAGUGCCACGGAAGCGCACCUAAGGAUGGUCAACAUUCCCACUUCUUUGUCGACAAGAAAGAUGGAAAGGUGCAGUUUCGUCUCUCUCCAUCGGCACCUUGUCCUUGCGGACACGGGGAAAAGACGUACUUCAGCUGCUGCUGGAAGGGAACACACAAGGUUGAAUAUCUUCACGAUGAAGCUACCACGAGAACUGAGCUCUUCCUGACACCAACGGCUUUUCCUAUUGAGGAAAUAUCGGAGGUAUUUGAAAAGCUCAAAGAAGAGAACGGGCUUCACGGUCUCUACGGAUAUCCGAAGCCAAACAUGAGCUAUGAGGAAAGACGAGCGUGGCAUGCUGAUCGGAUUCGUUCGGGCUUUCUAUCAGCGGCGGGCAUGGUUGGUAUGCAACAUUUGGGUGAAGCGAGUACGAUGAAUCCUUGGGAUGCUGACGUGUAUGAUCCCGAGGUAUAUGCCGGGUGCUUCGAGCGACUUGACGACUACUUCUUUUGGACCCAUUUACACUGGCACAUCACAAAGCUAGAGCUUCUUGCUCGAGUUCGAGAGUGGAAUGUAGCCCUGGAGCAGUAUUGUGACGAAAAGGGCCUUGUCGGAGAGGAGCGAGAUGCUGUUGUGAAGAAGCACACUGCCAGCCCCUUGGCCCCUUGUGCCAACCCAUCGUGCGAUGCGGUUGAGGCUUCCGUGAAGGAGUUCCGGAAGUGUAGUAGCUGCAUGGUGGUUGCCUAUUGUUCUCGCUCUUGUCAGCAAGAGCACUGGGAGGGAGGCCACAAGGGAGGCUGUGUGGACCAGGUCGGAGACACCAAACUCUACCAAGGCAUUUGUCGCGCAUGA